AUGGUGAGAAAUCCUUGCUUUGAUGAAAAUGGGAAAAAGAAAGGAGCCUGGAGUGUGGAAGAAGACAAUAAGCUGAGAUCUUACAUCCAGACUAAUGGCACCGGGAAGUGGCGUGAGAUUCCCAAUUAUGCUGGUCUAGCUCGAUGCGGAAAAAGUUGCAGAUUGCGAUGGAUGAACUAUCUUUCUCCCGAUUUGAAGCUAGGGAAUUACACCAAAGAAGAAGAAUGUCUACUCAUGAAAUUACAACAAAAACAUGGGAAUAAAUGGGCAGCUAUAGCUAAGGAGUUACCGGGAAGAACUGAUAACGAUAUAAAGAACUAUUGGCAUACACAUAUUAAGAAACGCUCUACGAAACGAAAGCAUGAUAUCGGACGUCGCAAGAGUUGUGAGUUUAAUGGGGGAGGAUUGAAAUCUAUUAACCUACCACCCAUCUUGGAUAGCUCUCAACUCGCAAUGGAAUCUUCAUUGCCAUUGGAGAUUUCCUCAUCACUCUUUGGUUCUGAAUUAAUGUUUGGAACUGAUCGUUAUGACCCUCCUAGUAAUAAUCAUUUCUCUGAAUUAUCUUUUAAGGAUGAAUUGGAUGAUUAUAUUAGGUCCCAACUCUUGAGUUUUGAUACACAAAUCUCGGAGUGUAACAACAUUUGCUCCAUAUUCAACGAUAUCGAGAGGAUUGGCUAG